AUGGUAAAAAAUAAAAAGUAUAGGGAAAGCAGUAUUGCAGAUGAUGCAUACUCCAAUGUGAUUUCAUCUUCUUCACUUAUAUCAGAUACACCAAGGUCAUCAGAAUCAUUGUGUUCAUGGGCAAAUCAUGCAGAAAAUAAACAUAAAUUGCGAGGUCCCAAGUUGUCAGUAGUAAGGCAUAUUCGUCGUUUAGCUACCAGGAGAAAGAGUCAACGUCUUAUAGCUGAACUUAACAACACGGGAACUCCAUCUUCAGUUAGUUCAGUCACUUGUUUAGAUGGCGAAAAUGCAAUUAUGGAGGGUUGGGUAAAUAAAUGGACAAACAUGCUAAAUACAUGGAAACCUAGAUAUUUCCAACUGUAUCCUGGAUAUAUUUGCUACGACAAGGGAACUAAGAAAAAGAAGAAGAAGAGAUUUCUGUUGUCCUUUAAUUUGUGCCACUUGGAAAUAUCUACAAAGGAUUCACUAAGAAUAACUAUAAAAUUUUUUCAAAAUCCAUUAAAUCCUUUACAUAUGCGUGCUUUCUCUCUAGAAUCUAAAUUGAUAUGGUUGAAUGCCCUUCUCUAUUGCAUGAAUCCGAAUAUACCAAACCCACCGCAGCGCACAAUAGACUCUCCCCUUAGUUCGAGCUGCAUACUACCCUCAGCUUCAUACGAUUGUGAGCCUCUUUUAUCCAAUCUACUUUAUGAACUUAUGAAAGCUAGAAACAAAUUAUUAGAUGAUGUAACUAAUAACAAAGAGAGAAAUAAAAACCUACAUGAGUGUAUUUCUUCAACUUUUGAUCGUUUUAUUGGAUUGGUUUUUGAUAUGAUAUACCAAAAGUUACGCUUUCACAAGAGUCGUGAAAAUGAUCUAUAUGAUGCUCUCCUUCAAUCUUUUAAAACAGCUCAUAAUCUCAACGCACUUGUUGAAUCAUCCCCCGUUAAUGAAACUUCUGAAGAGACGGAUACUUUUUAUGAUGCUCUUUCUGACAUCAGUAAUCUUGAUGUAUAUAUUACCCAGAGUUUCAAAUUAACAUCUAUACCUAGUAUUCAUAUUUGCCAUACUUGUUAUUGGUACAUUAAUCCAUUUAAAUAUAGGAAGUCUUUACCAUGCCAACAAAUUAUUCCAAGGUUCAAUUUAUGGGCAUCAAUAAAAGAUUCCAUCACUAAAGAUAUAUCUAGAAUUACUAUUCCUAUACAAUUUAAUGAGCCGACUUCAUUACUCCAAAGGCUAGCUGAGAAUUUUGAAUAUAGUAAUAUACUAGAAGGUGCUUCUAGGAAGCUGACAGGUAUUGAGAGACUGCUUGAUGUAACAAUUUUUUCUUUGACUCCGUAUGCAUCGUCAGUAGGAAGACUAUACAAACCUUUUAAUCCCUUGCUUGGUGAGACCUACGAAUUUUCCCACAGAGGUUUUAGAUAUUUUGCUGAACAAGUUGGACAUCAUCCACCUGUGACUGCUUAUUAUGUUGAACACCAUCAUACUUUAGAUGUAGCUGAAGGCACUUGUUCUGCAGCAAGCCAUCCAAAUACACCACUUUAUCGUGUAUGGGGACAUAUUAGUGAUAAGAGUAGAUUUACUGGUCAAAGUUUGGAGAUAUCUGUAUUGGGUAAUGUAAACAUCACUUUUUCUGGGAGGAACGACUAUUAUACAUAUAAUCGUCCGCGAUUACUUGUACACAACAUAUUGUUAGGUCGACUUUGGAUAGAAUUCAUUGGAAUCAGCACAAUAAUCAAUCACUCUACAUGCGAAUACUCAAUUAUUGAAUAUAAGAAAAGUGGCUGGUUUGGAAGUGAUUUGAAUAGUAUUCGUGGUAUUAUCUUCAAUAAUAAACAUAUACCAAUUUACAAGAUUGGCGGGAGAUGGGAUGGACAAAUAUGGUUUGAGGUUUGCCAACUACCACAGUCUCAAUUUACAGAUGACUCUUCACAUGUAGGAGCUCAUUUAGAGUUUAAUAGUGUACAUAAGCCUUUAACUCUAGGUCUAGAUUCAUAUAUAGAAAAAGGUGAUAUGAGUUCUGAACAUAAUAGGAAGAUUCCAUUUAAACCACCUUCAACAUCGUACUGCUUGCUCAACAAUUGGGAAAAGCUAAAGACAAAGGAGAAUAGCAGAUCAUUAAUUUGGUCUCCAAAGAUCAAAUCUAAUUCUAGUGAAAGGUAUUUUGGUUUUAGUGAUAUUUCAUUUGAAUUGAAUGAAAUAUCACCUCAGUAUGACAAAAGUUAUCCUGGGGUUUUAAUUCCUAACACUGACUCACGUUUCAGACCAGAUCAAAGAGCAUAUGAAAAUGGAAAUAUCGACUGGGCUAUUAAGGAAAAACGUAGAUUAGAGGAGAAACAAAGAAUAGCUGCCAAGAUGAGAAAAAGUGGAGAAAGCGAUUAUAUCCCGAAAUGGUUUUAUAAGGAUUUUGAUCCCGUCACAGGUGAAAGUACAUGGAAUUUUAAUAAGAAAUAUUGGCAUCAUAAGGAUAACUUAAUUGAAUUCACAGAUAUACCAGAUAUAUUUUAA